AUGAAGAUGCAGUCGAAAGUUAAUCUUCCCUCCGAUGACGAUACUUCUGAUAUUCUUAUGGACCAAGGAAUUUUUGGUGGCAUUUUGACCUAUGCCCAUUUGCCCCAUUUCAAUUGUUUCGAUCCACAAUUCAUAGACGAUUCAGAUGUGCACAAGAUAGACAUAGCCAUUGUCGGAGCUCCAUUUGACACCGGAGUCUCUUUCAGACCAGGAGCUCGAUUUGGUCCCGAAGCAAUCAGGAGAUCGGCGAGAAGAAUUGGAGGUGCUCAUGUCAGAACCACCAAGAAGAGAAAGAACUACCCAAUUGACCCUUAUGAUGAGACUACUCACAAUUACAGCAUUGUCGAUUGUGGAGAUGUAGCCAUGUCACCUUUUGACAACAGAAUCGCCUUGAAUCAGUUAUACCGUGGACAGAGAGUGAUACACAGGCAUAAAACCAACAUUAACUUGGUCCCAAAGAUCAUCACUUUGGGUGGUGAUCACACUAUCACCUUGAUGGCAUUGAAAUCUGUUUCUGAGCAAAUAGGAAAACCGGUACAAAUUAUCCACUUCGAUUCCCACAUUGAUACAUGGAACCCUAAGGUUCUAGGAGGUGGAAUCACCAACUACAUGUCUCUCAAUCACGGUACAUUCUUGCACUACGCUCAUGAACAAGGGUAUAUUGUAGAUGGUGGUAAUUAUCAUGUUGGAAUCAGAGCUCCGUACAUAGACAAUGUCUACGAUGGCCAGCAUGAUAUAGAGUGUGGUUUCAACAUCAUCAGUGCAAAUGAUGUUGACAAGUUGGGAGUGUCUGGGAUUAUCAGGAAAUUGAAACAAGCAGUCAAGACAAACCCUGUUUAUAUUUCCGUAGAUAUCGACGUCUUGGAUCCAGCUACGGCUCCAGGAACGGGAACUAUGGAAAUCGGAGGCUUGACAGGAAGAGAGUUGUUGAGCAUCCUUGACGGGUUGAAGGGUAUUGAAUUGGUUGGAGCAGAUGUUGUAGAGGUAUCUCCUCCAUACGAUACAAACUCAGAAAUUACUAGUUUGGCUGCUACUUCAGUUGUUGACUCGCUCUUGAAAUUGAUGGUGGUGAAAGGUGUAGAACAGUGA